AUGCGUACUAAGUCACGACCUCUUCGACGAGGACGCGAUUCGGCCAUUGAUGAUGCCGAGCCCACAUCCCAGCCACCAGCCCAUCGUGGCACAUUCAGCAUCAAUUACCCCGUACCAGACAGAGUUGACUUCAGCAACACAAUCGAGGCUCUACGAGGCUUACAUGAUCACGCCCAUACUUCGAUAAUUUUUGGGGGAGAACUCGGCGAUAGUGCGGAAAUAGCAAAUCAGCCUACCAGUCUCUCAAAAGUUUCGACGUUACCAAGCGGACGUGAUGUGGACACCAACAUCUGGCGUCAACCUUUAUUUGACGUGGCAUCCGCGGAAACUCUCCUCAAAAGCUUCAAAUCUACAUUUGGUUAUCUGCCCUUUAUAGUAUUCCCCGACGAUAUCACGAUCUCGCAUCUAGCUACGACGAAACCCUUUGUUCUUCUGGCCAUUUUAACAGUGGCAUCAGGAUCCAGGAUGGUACAGAAACACGCUCUAUACGAUGACGAGUUUCGGAAGGCCCUUGGUUUGAAGUAUGGCUCUGGUGGUGAAAGGAGUCUCGAACUAUUACAGGGCAUAUUGAUUUACUGUGCAUGGCAUCCCUUCCAAUUGCGGCCGAAAAAUGGACAGUUAGAUCACUGUCUACGGAUCGCCGGCGAUCUCGUUCAUGAUCUUGAUUUAGACGAAGACUUUCUCUCAUCCUCUGAUCCUGUGCCUCGAAAACUGACAGAUAACGAACUUGACAAGAUUCGAGCAUAUCUUGCCUAUAUAUAUAUCAGUCUCACAUAUGGUGUUAUUUGGAGAGGGAAACGAGACCUGCCUAAUAUUCACCCAUUGUGGAUCAGCAUCGCUACCGAAACUCUUCAAUAUAACGCUCAGGUCGAUGGUGAUAGCACGCUAGUGGCUCUCGUCCGGACUUCAAGUCUGUUUGCGGAUGUAUCUGCGAUCAAGGAGGGAGACUCGCAGAUGGCCGCGAACUGCCAACUGAUUCUGAGGAGACUCGAAGAGGAGUUCUUGGAGAUGCAGACAUCCACCAAGCAGCUAAUGACAGGACUAGGGGCGAUUCGAAUGCAGGCCAUGUUUGUCGAUAUAUUCCUUGAUUGCGGUGGUCUACUCGUCUUACCAGUUUCCAAGACAUACUCUAAAACUGGCUUUUGCCCACCCUUACCACAAGUCUAUCGCGGUAUUAAGAAGAUCCGAGCAUUUCUGGAUUUCGUUGUAAAUUUGGAUGAUACGGCCCUUCUUUCAUUUACAGUCAAUGACUGGACCAGAUUUAUCGUCGUUCUUACAUUGUCAUUCCGCCUAUCUUUUCCUCUCACAUUGUGCCCUGAACUUGAUUCAACGUAUGCUCGUUCGGAGAUUCGCUUGGAUGAUUUUUUAGAAAAAAUGUCGCGAGGUACAGAUAUCACAGGUCAAAGCGAUCUCCUGUCGGCUAGCCGCUACAUGCUAGGCCUUGCCAAAUCAAAGUAUGAUCUUCGAUUGGCCUCCUUGAAAGACUUGCAAUUCGCUCAACCUGUCAGUCGCUUUUUCGGAUGUCCUGUCAUGCGCAGAAACUUGGAUAAAUCCACGGAGAACUGGCAAUCUAUCUCCAGAGGACUAUCAGGGUGGAUCAAUACUAGCUAG